AAAACCGUAAAUAUCCCAAAAAGAAUAACGGCAAGGGGCAGUCGUUGGUAACGAACUCUUCUCUGAAAAACUAUAAAGAGAGGUCAGGCUCCUCAUUCUUCUUCAUCACUUCCCCAUCUCGAAUUUCUCUGCAAAAACGAAAAGAAAAAAUGGAUUUCUUAGUGAAUGCUGUGAAAGCGUACUUCAACAGGAAUUGGAGAAGACAAGACAUGAUGAGUUCUGCAACAAUUCCCGAGCACGCUCGCACAAGCUUGAAGAUGGUGUAUCUUAGUCUCUUCUGUGCCAUGUCGGCCGCUGCUUAUGGAUCCCACUUGCACCUGAUCUGGGGAGCAGAGUGGCUGUUACCAAUCCUUUCUUCUGCAGCAAGUUUACUCUGGCUUUACUUUACACCACCAUGGAGAGUGAAGACGAGGGUCGUGCUCUUGAUGGAUGCUGCUUUUUGCUUCGGUGCUUCUGUUGGUCCUUUUACCAAGUAUUUUUUUGAAAUUGAUCAACGCUUUGUUGUUAGAUUUUUGCAAGGUGCAGCAAUUGUAUUUGGAUGUUUCUGGUUUGCAGCCAGGACAAGUAGGGAAAGGCGCCAAAUCUACAUCACCGGCCUGAUUGAAACUUGUACUGUAAUGCAAAUGUGGUUUGACAUUACUCAGUGGAUGUUAAAGGUAUACGUACUGCUGGCAUUGUUCAUGGGGUACCUUGUGCUAUAUAGCCAAGAGAUACUGUACGAUGCUCGCUUUGGAGAUAUUGACUAUGUCAACUGCGCAUUCACUGUCUUCUUCUGUUUACCAGCUAUUGUGGUCCAUGCUGUAAGACUCUGCCUGGGUGCAAACAUUGAGCAACAUAGACAGAAUUAAUGCUGAUACACUUGGAACUAUAGAAUAAUAGAAAGUAGAAUACAGAAGGGGAACUGUAAAGGAUGAACAAAUAUGCCUUUGUGAUGACUACAUUUUACUGAUUGAAUGAGGAAUCCAUAGUCUGAAGCCAAGUGCUUUGAAUAUUUCUUGGAAAAUACUGAUAUACUUUGUGAUUAAGAAAAUUUUGAAUAGAAUAUACUACUGCAUAA